CACCUGCUCUCAUCAGAAUGUUAAAGCUCUAAUUUAUUUGUAACUAUUUAUUCUGAUGGUAAUUUUUGCAUUUCACCCUUCUCUGGAAGACAAAACUAUACUUAUUUUCCACUUUUUGUUUAUUUUGUAUGUAUUCAUGUAAAAUAAUAAAGAUACACAACACAUUACACUGCAUGCCAGUCCAGACCCUUUUUCCUUAUAGUCCAAGGUCCCAAGCUUUCAGACAUGUAAGCAUGUGGUUAACUUUGCUCAUGUAAAAGUUCCAUUGGUAUCCCUGGGAUUGCUUGUGUGAGUAAAGUUAAAUACAUGAAUAUGUGUUUACAAACUCAGGGUCCAUCUCAAGCUGCUGCUCAGGAAAAAUUAGAGAGGUACUGGUGACAUAAGACAGCUGAGGAUACAUUGCCAUUAUAUGAAGACCAAAGAUGGAUUGUUAUUUUGCAGGUAUUUUGCCCUAACAGAAUGCCAAGAGCCACAUUCUCUCCUUGCAUUGCAUAACAGAUGGUGUUUCUUCAUGACUGUGACAAUUAGCAGUGACACUCCAAUCCUGAAUCAAGAGGGAGGUCGUUUGACUUUGACAACACAAUUUAAUUUUAAAUACGGCAGAAAGUUGGCUUAUUGAAACUUUGCAAAUACAACCCACAAUGUACUGGUGUGUGGGAACUGAGGAAUCUACUGUUCGCGGAGAGCGCAACAUGGAGUCUCAAAAUGGAACUGUGGACAUGGGUGGCAAACAAUCCACAUCUGGCGAUGUCUCCAUUGGUCACUCCCCUGUGAUAAAAAACAUUCAGGCCGCUUACAAAAGUGGAGACACCAGUAAGGCCCAAGAGCUGAUUAAAUUCUCGUGUGUGGAGAACAUAUUGCAAGUGGAAAAGUGCCAGCUUUUGAGUAUUGCUUCAGCAUAUGGAGAUCUCCAUGCAGUACGGUAUUUACUCAAGGAAGCGUUGGUGGGAUUACCAACGGAACCCAGUGAUGAUAAUCCAGCUGUGGUGGCGGCAUAUUUUGGACAUGAGGACAUUGUGAAGGAAUUAUUGGAUUCUUUGCUUGGUCCUAGUAACUUCCAGCGACUCCUGAACUGGAUGCUGGCCAUCUCCUGCCAACAGGGACAUUUGGCCAUAGUUAAAUUCUUAAUCCUCACCUACAAUGCUGACCCUGAGAGUUGCGCAGUAAGGAAGAAUGAAUUUCCAAUUCUUAUGAGAUUGCCACUAUAUGCGGCUAUAAAGGCAGGGAAUGAAGAUAUAGCUGUGUUUUUACUUCAGAACGGGGCUUGCUUUUGUUCUUACAUUCUGAUGGACAGUCCUGAUUCUAGCAAGCAUCUUCUGAGGAAAUACUUCAUAGAAACAACCUUACCAACUAGUAGUACUCCAGCAAAAACAGCUCUGUCUGUGAGCUGGUCAAACCUCAGGCUGCCUUGGGUGGAUCUGGACUGGCUGAUUGAUAUCUCAUGUCAGAUAACUGAGCUCGAUUUAUCUGCCAAUUGCCUGGCUUCCCUGCCAUCAGUGAUUCCAUGGGGACUGAUAAACCUCAGGAAAUUGAACUUAGCUGACAACCAGCUGACCGAACUGCCCAGUGUCCAGUCAUCUGAUGAAAUUAUAUGCACAAGGUUACUUGAGGUGGACGUGUCCAUCAACAGGCUCUCUGCUCUCCCUUCUGGAUUCCUACAUCUCACAAAACUUCAAAAACUCAUCGCUACCAAAAAUUAUCUGGAAAAGUUAUUUGAUGAGGAAAGUGCAACUAAUUGGAUUGGAUUAAGGAAACUGCAAGAACUUGAUGUUUCUGACAACAGAUUGGUGGAGCUCCCCACACUGUUCCUUUACUGCUUCAAGUCCCUAAACGUCCUCAAUGUUUCCAGAAACAACCUGAAGGUGUUUCCAGACCCCUGGGCCUGCCCUUUGAAAUGUUGUAAAGCAUCUAGAAAUUCAUUGGCGUUCCUCCCAGACACAUUGACUGUUUUCUGGAAAAAUCACCUCAGAGAAGUGGAUUUUUCUGAGAACUCACUAAAAGAAGUUCCACAGAGCCUUUUCCAACUUGAAGUGCUGGUGUCACUGAAGCUUUUGGGAAAUCAGUUAGUUUCGUUGCCUUCUCAAGAUAAGUGGACCUGCCGGCAACUUAAAUCACUAGAUCUUUCCAAGAAUCAGCUUGGGAAGAGCGAGGAGGGGUUUAAAACAAAGCGGAUUUCCCUUUUUACCACAAGAAGCAGAGUGCGAGGCACAGAGGCAGGUGCCUUCUUGGAGUUGCCAGCAUUCCUGAGUGACUCUCUGGAAGUCCUUUAUCUAAAUGACAAUCAGCUGGACACUGUCCCACAGUCCAUUUGCCAUCUGAAAGGCCUGACAGAACUUUAUUUAGGGAAUAAUCCUGGUAUCCGAGAGCUGCCUCCAGAACUUGGACAGCUGGCUAAUCUGUGGCAGCUGGAUAUUGAGGAACUAAAUAUCAGCAACGUUCCUGCAGAUAUCAGAAAGGAGGGCCCUAAAACAAUAUUAGCAUACUUGCGGGCACAGCUGCGCAAAGCAGAAAAAUGCAAGUUAAUGAAGAUGAUUAUUGUGGGUCCUCCACGGCAGGGAAAGUCAACACUUAUAGAGAUCUUGCAGACAGGGAAAGCACCACAGCUGAUGCACAGUGAUGCCACCAUACGGACAACAAAAUGGGAGCUUCAGAAACCAGCUGGACUCAAAGCAAAGAUUGAUUCAGUGGAAUUCAAUGUCUGGGAUAUUGGAGGCCCAGCAAGUAUGUCUACUGUCAAUCAGUGUUUCUUCACGGAUAAAGCAUUGUAUAUAGUUGUAUGGAACUUGGCACUUGGGGAAGAGGCUGUUGCAAACCUUCAAUUCUGGUUGCUGAACAUUGAGGCCAAAGCCCCAAAUUCUGUUGUGUUAGUGGUAGGAACACACCUUGACCUUAUUGAAACUAAAUUUCGUGUAGAGAGGAUAGCAACUCUGAGAGCAUAUGUCCUGGCUCUGUGUCGCUCUCCCUCUGGAUCAAGAGCAACUGGCUUUCCAGAUAUCACAUUCAAGCACUUACACGAACUAUCAUGUAAGACCCUAGAAGGCCUCGAUGGGCUCCGCCAGCUGAUAUUUCAAGUUACUUGUAACAUGAAGGAUGUCGGCAGCUCUAUUUGCUCACAGAAGCUUGCAGCAAGAUUGAUACCAAGAAGUUACCUUAGUCUCCAAGAAGCCAUCUUAGCAGAACAACAGAAAAGAAGACAGAGUGAUGAUGUGCAGUAUCUAACGGACAAACAGAUAGAGCAAAUAGUAGAGCAAAACCCUGGAAAUGAUAUCAAAGACUAUGAAGACUUGCAAGUUGCCAUCAGUUUCCUUAUAGAAACAGGAACACUGCUGCAUUUCCCAGACACCAGCCAUGGACUGAGAAACCUCUAUUUCCUUGAUCCAGUAUGGUUAUCAGAAUGUCUUCAGAGAAUAUUUAAUAUUAAGGGCUCAAAGUCUAUUGCUAAGAAUGGAGUGAUCAAAGCAGAGGAUUUCAGAUUGUUGUUAAUUGGGACAGGGUUUACUGAACAAACCGAAGAACAAUAUUUCCAGUUUCUGGCCAAGUUUGAAAUUGCACUACCAGUAGCCAAUAACAGCUACCUCCUACCUCAUCUCCUUCCAGCCAAACCAGCAUUAGAUAUCCAUGGCCUAUGCCACCAGUCCACAAACACUGUCCAAAGGGUGUUCAAGAUGAGUUUUGUCCCGGUUGGUUUUUGGCAAAGGUUCAUCGCUCGGAUGCUAAUUAGUCUGGCAGAAAUGGAUCUCCAGCUGUUUGAGAACAAGAAGAAUACCAAGAGCAGGAACAAAAACAUGACCCUCUACAGCUUUACAGGCACCCAAAGAAACCGCUGCAGCACGUUCCGAGUCAAGAGAACUCAUACUGUCUACUGGCAGGAAGGCCUGUUUGUUACCUUUGAUGGCGGCUACCUCAGUGUGGAAUCUUCUGAUGUGAACUGGAAAAAGAAAAAAAGUGGUGGAAUUAAAAUCAUUUGCCAGUCAGAAAUGAGAGAUUUUUCAGCAAUGGCUUUCAUCACAGAUCAUGUCAACUCCUUGAUAGAUCAAUGGUUUCCAGCACUGACUGCCACGGAGAGCGAUGGGACGUUGCUAAUGGAACAGUAUGUCCCGUGCCACAUCUGUGCAAGUUCUAGAACACAGGAGAAAGAGCUGCCUGACAAAGUGGAAGAUGAGCAGUACUUCAACAUGGAGGAUUGUGUUCUGACUGCUAUAGAACAGGAUUAUAUCACAUGUCCUCGUCACCCUAAUAUCCCAGUUUCUCUACAAGAGCUGGUCCCAGAGCUCUUCAUGACAGAUUUUCCAGCCAGACUGUUUCUGGAAAAUAGUAAACUAGACUACAGUGAAAAUGAAAGCAAUGUUCUUGGCCAGGGUGGAAGUGGAACCAUUAUCUAUCAGGCAACAUACCAAGGAAAACCAGUGGCGGUGAAGAGAUAUCAGAUUAAGAAAUGCAAGAGUUCUCCUAAUUCGGCAACAGAUACCAUGCUGAAGCACUUGCGAGCUAUGGAUGCCAUGAAGAAUUUCUCUGAGUUCCGUCAGGAAGCCAGCAUGCUCCACUCCUUGCAACACCCCUGCAUUGUUUCCUUGAUCGGGAUUAAUAUCCAUCCUCUCGGCUUUGCUUUAGAGUUGGCCCCCUUGGGAAGUCUCACAACUGUGUUGUCUGGAAAGUCCAAAGAGGCUUCCUUUGUGCCACUGGGGCAUAUGCUGACCCAGAAAAUAGCGUAUCAAAUUGCAACAGGCCUUGCCUACCUGCAUAAGAAGAACAUCAUAUUCUGUGACCUAAAAUCUGACAAUAUUUUAGUGUGGUCCCUGGAUAUUAAAGAGCAUGUCAACAUCAAACUGUCUGACUAUGGGAUUUCUAGACAGUCAUUCCAUGAAGGAGCUCUUGGAGUGGAAGGCACUCCUGGUUACCAAGCCCCAGAGAUUAGGCCUCGAAUCGUCUAUGAUGAAAAGGUGGACAUGUUUUCCUAUGGAAUGGUCCUGUAUGAACUGUUGUCUGGACAGCGCCCUGUGCUUGGACAACAUCAGCUUCAGAUUGCUAAGAAGCUGUCCAAAGGGAUCCGUCCCAUUCUGGGGCAGCCGGGGGAAGUGCAGUUCUACAGGAUGCAGACACUUAUGAUGGAAUGUUGGGACACUAAGCCAGAAAAGCGCCCAUUGGCCAUUUCUGUUGUAGGACAGUUGAAAGAUCCUACCUUUCCUACUUUCAUGUACCUGCUGUGUUGUGGGAAGCAAUCUUCCUUCUUCUCUUCCCAAGGACAAGAGUACACUGUGGUAUUCUGGGACGGGAAGGAAGAUACCAGAAACUACACGGUGGUGAAUACAGAGAAAGGACUCAUAGAAGUGGAGAGAAUGAGCUGCCCAGGAAUGAAGUUAUGCUGCCAGUUAAAAAUUCAGAGUGCCCUAUGGACUGCCACAGAGGACCAGAAGAUUUAUGUGUAUGGCUUACAAGGCAUGUGUCCUUUAAACACUCCACAAAAGGGAUUAGACACUCCGGCUACUGUAAGCUGCUUCUUAGCAGUGCCUGUUGUAAAAAAGAACUCCUAUCUGGUGCUGGCUGGCCUGUCAGAUGGACUGGUGGCAGUUUUUUCAGUGGCACGUGGUAUCCCAGAUGACAGUGGCUCCUACUUGUGCUCACACACUGCAAAUAGAUCCAAGUUCAACAUCGCGGACAGUGACCCCCGGCAGAACCCCUACCCUGUGAAAGCCAUGGAAAUAACAAACAGCGGGGCUGAGGUCUGGUACAGCAAUGGCCCUGGCAUUCUCAUCAUAGACUGUGUGACCAUAGAUAUUAACAGGAGGCUGGAGCCCUACAACCCUCCCUCUGUGAUCACGUCGAUGGCGUGUAACUCAGAGUACCACGGGGAGGAAGUGAUAUGGUGCCUGGACGAUAAAACGAACUACCUGGUGAUGUACCAUACUGCCACCUAUCAGCUCUGCGCGCGGUACUUCUGCGGCGACUGCAGCCCUUUAAGAGACAUGUUCACAAUCCAGCCGCCUACCGCAGGGAUCCCUGCUACAACAGCUAUACACAGGACAGUGCUUGAGAGUAACUCUCUGGCUGAUAUGAGCAUUAUCUACAGCCAGGAGCUGGGCACACAAAUAUUAAACCAUCAGGACUCCCUCACAGACUACUGCUCUGUGUCUUCAUACUCGUCCUCCCCUCCCAACAGGAUAACUCGGUCCUCCUCCAGUCUGCCCAGCUCCCCUGCAAGCUCAUCCAGUGCACCUUUCUCCAUGGAGUGCGAGCCGUCCGGCAGGCUUCACGAACCCGUCCCUUCCCCAGACACAUCUGAAAACCAUGCAGCACUGACGGACAAGCACGCAGAGCAUCUCCAAGCUGUAAAGGUUCUUGCAGUAAAAGACCUCAUCUGGAUCCCUAGGAGGGGUGGCGACAUCAUCGUUAUCGGGCUGGAGAAGGAAUGUGACACGCAGCGCGGCAGAGUCAUAGCUGUACUGAAGGCCGGGGAGCUGGCUCCCUAUGGGGCGCUGGUCGAAGCUGCUAUCGUGGCAAAGGACACUGUUGUGUGCUGCUUUGAGAACAAAAACAUGGAAUGGUGCCUCGCUGUUUGGAGGAGCUGGGGUGCCCGGGAGUUUGACAAUUUCUACCAGUCCUAUGAAGAGCUGGGAAGGCUUGAAACCUGCAUGAGAAAAAGACGGUAGUGCUGGUCAAAUUUAAAGUCAAGCAUCAAGGAAGGACGGGAACAGAAACUGACGCUCUGCAGCAUUCCAGUCUGGGUACUGUUCUAUACUUAGAGAAGAGUUGAGCAUUUUUGUUUUCCACAUUUGCUGCUAAAGAACACUGUAGAGCAUUUGCCAGAGACUCAGAUGACCGAACUAGAUACUUUACUCUUUGUUUCCUCCUUUCUUUUCAGCAGAGGACAGAGAUGUAUUAAGCUAGAAAGCGGAUGAUCCCUCCGCAAUAUUGCCUUCAUGUGGACCACCCAAACUCUCCACCUAUGUCCAGUCAAUUCUCGCCUCCUUUCUUCCCCUGCAAAAUUCCCACACAUCAGGGCAACUGCUGCUUAUGUCCUCAUCCAAGAGAGCUUUAUUAACUACACAGACACAUCUCUCUCCCUCAGAGCCUGAGCUUUUGCACAAUUCUCCUACCGCCUGCUGUCCCAAUGGGUGAGAGCCCAGCAAUAGUCCUUUUGUGGCCAAUAUAUUUCUGGCCUAUAAAAGAUAUUGUGAUACUGAGUUACUGUGAAAGGCCCAAAGAUGAUGUUCUGUCAGUGAAUACUGCACAAUCUCAGUACAAUGAGCUAUUGAAUUGCACUGCUGCAAAGUGAAUUGUACAUAGAGUCCAAAGCAAAGCGAAACAUGUCAGCACUUCAGAGGGAGUAACUUAAUCAGCACAACUUGGAAACAGUCCUUGUCCCUCUCUUACGCUUCUCUGCAAAUUAUUUUAAAAGCUCAGUUUACUGGUAUAUAGAAGUUCUGUUGCUUUUUAAAUAGAGCUGUAUAUAGAGUUUAUUUUUCACAUCACUAAGGUCACACUGGACCUAGGACAGCAUUGGACCAGGUGUAAACACAAUCACAUUAUCAGGGCAUGUACAGAAGAAUGUAAAAAGUGAAGCAACUCCUGAUGAGUGAAUGUGUACAGCAUGGAAUGUGUACAGUACUGAAUUGUUUUUAUACUGAGAAACUUGUACUGAGUCUGAACAUAGAUGCAAGGCUGCUUGAUGCAGAAUUAGCAAGUUAAAUGUCAGAUUUACCCUUCUACAUCAGAAGCAAAACAUAUCUCAAAAUAAACAGACUCCUCCAAGAGUGACACUGCAUCAGUGUUACCGUUUAUUGGCAGCUCCAUGAUCAGCUUGAGAAUGAUUGCAUCUGACUAAAGUGCAGGCUGUUUCUCUUCCCCCGCUAGAUACCCGAAUGGCACAGAAGUCCCUCCCUUAUGGCCUCUCCAGCACUGCUAACUAGAGUAGCACAUAACUGAGAUAUUUUAGACCAGAUCAGGGUUACAGAUGCAAUCUGCCUGGAGACCAGUCAAGGGAUUAUGGGUUUUAAAAAACUACAAGUGGGAAAGACCAAAACCAACUUCAUCAAUGUGAAGAACAUGAUCAGCUGUAGGAAUUUCACACGUUGGUGGCUUUUCUCACAAGCAGUAACCCUUGGGCAUGCAUCCCCUCAUCUGUGUUUGGCUGUGCGCUACAUGGGCUUGAUCCAGCACCCAACUGAAAUCAGUUAGAAUUUUCAGUGGGGACAGGAGCAGGCCCCGGUAGCAUGAAAGAUCCUAUGAUCUCGACAGUGCUGCUUAGUAUUAUUAUUAGUUAUUAUGCACUCCACACCUGGGUGCAGAGCCCCUACCUCCGCCCAACCCCAAAAAGCUCUGACCAUCUACAAAACCAGACAGCAAUUGAGCAAGGGCCAUCAGGAGAAUGACUAAGAGGGGUUAUACUGGUUGUUUCUGGCGUUGUUGUUAACUCACUUCUCGGGGGCAGCUCAGAGCAGGUAGAUCAGUGGUUCCCAAACUUUUUGGCAUCACGUCCCCCUUUUUGAAAAACCCUCACGCCCCCCCUCCAAA